ACCAGAAAAGUACACGGCACUUUUUCACCAAUCAAAUUUAUUGGUAUCGGUAGUGAAGCAGUAGCCUCCGCUUCCCUCUCUUUUAGUCCUCCAAAAACCAGCAAAGAGUUGCUCCCGUGGCAACCCUAAUUCUCUACCCCCAUGAACUGCUCAAUAUCCGGCGAGGUGCCGGAAGAGCCCGUCGUUUCAAGGACGUCUGGGCUGCUCUUCGAGAAACGCCUAAUUGAGAGGCACAUAUCGGAUUAUGGAAAAUGCCCAAUCACCAGUGAACCACUUGCUAUGGAUGACAUUGUCCCAGUAAAAACAGGCAAGAUUGUGAAGCCAAGGAUGGUGCAGACUGCUAGCAUACCUGGGAUGAUUGGAAUGUUCCAAAACGAAUGGGAUAGUUUGAUGUUAUCAAACUUUGCGUUGGAGCAACAACUACAUACAGCAAGGCAGGAGUUGAGCCAUGCACUAUACCAGCAUGAUGCUGCCUGUCGUGUGAUUGCAAGACUAAAGAAGGAGAGGGAUGAAGCAGGGUCCUUACUUGCACAGGCUGAGAGGCAGAUACCUAUGUCAACUUCAACAGCUGUGUCAGCCAAUGCCUCUACCGGGGUUAGCAAUGGGAGAAGAGCUGCUGAGGAUGAGGAGUUGGGCCCUGGUGCAAAGAAAGCACGCCCUGGAAUUUCUGCUAACAUCAUAGCUGACCUAACAGAAUGUAAUGCAGCUCUCUCACAACAGCGGAAGAAGCGUCAGACCCGUGCAACAUUGGCUUCUGUUGAUGCACUGGAGAAAUAUACCCAGCUUUCUAGUCAUCCGCUUCACAAAACUAGCAAACCAGGCAUCAUAUCUCUUGAUAUCCAUCAUUCCAGGGACAGAAUUGCAACCGGAGGGGCUGAUGCAAAUGCUGUAGUUUUUGAUCAAUCAUCAGGAGAGAUCUUAUCCACACUCAGUGGUCACUCAAAGAAGGUUACUAGCGUAAAGUUUGUGGGUGAUGGUGAUGUAGUUUUGACCAGCUCAGCAGACAAGACGGUUCGUAUAUGGCAAGGGGCUGAAGAUGGGAAUUAUAACUGUAGGCAUGUCUUGAAAGAUCAUACAGCAGAAGUGCAGGCUGUCACUGUCCAUGCCACUAACAACUACUGUGUGACUGCCUCUCUUGACAAUACAUGGUGCUUCUAUGAUCUUUUCACUGCGCUCUGCUUGGCACAGGUUACAGAUCCUUCAGGAUCUGAGGGCUUCACAUCUGCUGCAUUUCAUCCUGAUGGUCUCAUUCUGGGAAUGGGCACCUCUGGGGCCCUUGUUAAAAUUUGGGAUGUAAAAAGUCAGCAAAAUGUUGCAAAUUUUGAUGAUCACGUUAAAUCAGGGCAAACUGGCCCAAUAACUUCUAUGUCUUUCUCAGAAAAUGGAUACUUCCUUGCGACUGCAGCUCAUGAUAGUGUUAAAGUAUUCGAUCUACGCAAGUUGAAGAACAUCCGAACAUUGAGCUUUGAUGAUUCAGACACACCAACAAACUACGCGGAAUUUGAUCAUGGCGGAAAUUACCUUGCAAUUGCAGGCGCAGAUAUUAGAAUUUACCAAGUUGCCAGUGUUAAAGCGGAAUGGAAUUGUAUUAAAACUUUCCCAGACUUGUCUGGCACAGGUAAAACAACUUGUGUAAAAUUUGGUCCAGAUGCAAAAUAUGUUGCAGUUGGGUCGAUGGAUCGUAACCUCCGCCUAUUCGGCCUGCGUGGGGAUGAUGGUUCAUUAGAAUCUUGAAGCUCCUUCAAAUAGUCUAUCUGGAACAAGGAAUUUCCAGCUCUCUUUCUUAAAAGAGAAUCUCGUUUAUGUUAGCAGGUCUGUAACGAGCCAGCAGUUACACUGGAUUAUGUAUAUCAUCUGAUGAAAUGAAAGUGACUCAGCUACAGCCUACAGCUAGUAUUCUUUCAGCAAAUUAUUUGAAGUUUCGAAGCCGCUCCGGCGUGUUAUUUUUUGACCUUCACAAAUAGAUUCAUCAGGCCUCUUGAUGUUUCCUUCUUAUACAAGAUGGUGAGCUUAACAAUGUUUGUACACUAACGGAUACACACUUUCUGAUUCCAGUUUUGAGUUACACUAUAAGAAAGAGGAACUGUGGCUAAAGCCAAACUAUUCUCAAA